AUGGCGACGCUGACAACACUCGAUUCGGACAACGCUGAAUCAUUUAGCAGCGCUCCGUUGUUCCGUGCUCCAGUGUCGAAUUGCGCCAAAUCAAUUAUCGAUCGAAAACUACGAAAAUUUGCGUCAGAGACGUCAUUUGCCACCGAAACAGCCAGUGAAAGCAGUGUCGAACGAGAAGUUUCCGGUAGGACUCGAGUUUUCACAGUACGUAGUGUCACGCGUCGUGUGAUGGUACAACGAGGACGUCAUGACUCCGACGGUAGCGGAUGUUCGGAGGCCACUGUCGCAAGUGGUUCGGCAACACCGAGACGAAUUUUUCGACGACCAAAGAGUCACAGUGAGUUACACACCAGCUGUACCAGCGCCACAAUUCAUUCACUGGAAAGCGCGGCAGUGGCGAUAGUAAACGACGGUCGACGUGCAAGUCAUGCUUACGUGAUAGAUGACGACAGCAUUCACGAGUUUGAAGAUGACGAUGGUAAGGAUAUCUUUUUACUGGUCUUUCCAUUUUCAAACUCGACGUUUCAUUCUUUCAACUUUUGCUAUUUUUUUGUUUUACUGUCCAGAAUGAGCGACGUAUCCGUGCUGAAAUUUAUUGCUUAA